AUGUAUCAACGCACUGUCGGCAUUGCGGCCACCGGCUUUGCGCUCGGUCGCGUCGAACAAACCCAAUCUGUAGAACCGACCCAUAUACAACACACUCCCUCGUUGGCAACGAAUACCUCCGACACAAGACCUUCAGAAACGUUUGCGACGACGCAGUUACAGUCUCCGGCAGCUGCGAACUUCUCGAAAACACAAGAAAAUGCAACACUUUGCACAGAACAGGCUGGAAAUGGCAUUGCAUCGCCCAGAAAAACAUCGUUCGCAGGUGUAAGGCUACGGCGCCGUGGUCAGACCUUGACCAUCCCCCCAGUACGGACUGAUGAAAAUCCACCGGCGUCUUCUCAUGACCGACGACCGUCUUCCUCUUGGUUACGGCGACUAUCGUUCCAGCCAGAGAAGCGUUUCUCUCUCCAGAGCCCGGAUUCACUGUCUUUUCCGGAGCCAGCUAGCCCAGCCCCCUCUCGUCUUUCCAGCCAACGCAGAACGCCCAACAAACUCGUCAAACGGCCGAAGUCUCAUCAUUCAAAUGGCAAUCCUUUAUUUGUCCACGCCGUAUCUUCGCCUCUAAUACCUAAUGGGCUCCGCCGACCAGCAACAAGUUAUCAACGAUCCGAAACUUUCAAACACAGGCCGGCUCACAGCUUGAGCUUCGAACCCAGUUUAGCACUGAGUCCUCUAGUCGAGCCCAGUUUUGGCAACCCGCCCUCGGAAAAAGAGCCCUGGCAACCCUUCAUUACUCCGAGCUCCGACGCAUCGCGCGAGCGACUCGACCGCAGGUUUUCAACAUCAACAAAACCUAAGGAACAGGCCGUGCGGAGAAUCCUUCCGCAGCCUAAUGUCUCCCCGACUCUUGUUCUCGCGACCGCUAUCAUCCAGAAGGAAGUCGCCUCAGAAGCCUUAUCAAAAACAUCCGCCGUGACUCCACCAGUUGAGUUUCGCAAUCCUUUCAUUGCGGAUGGUGCUCCACCACAGCAACUAGAGACGCAUUCAACGGAGGCAGAGAAGCAGACCUCUAACCCGUCACCUGAAGAAACCUGUCCGAAAUCCCAUAUGGAAACACCGGCUCCGUUAGGCGUUAGGAUUUUUCGCAAUGGCUCGUUCACUGGGCCCAAAAGGAGAGCGGUGUCGACCCCUCUGCCAAAUUUAGCAAAUAUGGAAGGAGCUAUCUGGAUGUCACCCCGAGCGCCCGGGAGGCGUAACAUUACAGAUCCGACUGUCUUCAGGCGGCCACCGACGACGUCAAACAGUGGACUUCCAGCUUUGUUCACUUCGGGGAUUAUGGGGUCACAAUCGAAAGUCCCCUCACCAUAUCACAAAGAGUGCACCAAUGAUCUAGGCCAGCAUCGGUAUCGCGACAACGGACAUCGUGGCUCAACGGACGGAUCAGCUUUGUCUUCGUUAUACGGUUCGAUCCGUCGACGCCCUAAGCGCCAUUCAGUUGCCGCUUCUGACCCGGCAUCAACUAUCUUAGGCUCUGAUGACACUCGUGUCUUUACUUCUGGCGAUGAGGACGAAACUGACUUCAUGAGCGAUACCGCAUUUGACUCCAUUCGCACUCAUAUAACGACCGACAGUACUUGUUUCCAGUCUCCUCGGAUAGAAACGAUCUUCGACCGGACACUGCCUUCAGGAACUAAUGACGGGCUAUCCACGGUGUCAAACGGCAUCGUCUCAGCCAACUCUCUCACCCCUUCAAAAAACCGGCACCUCGAUUCUAUUGUGGGAGAAGAAGCGAGAGAAGCGCCUGGGGUCUCCAUUUUGAUACCAGCGGCUCAAAAUAUUGUGGACGCUCCUGAAGGAGACAGCGAAAUAUUUUUCCCAUCUGACUUGAGCGACGACGAUGAUUCGCGAAGCGUAAUAGCUUCGCUACCUGGAGAUAAAACCAUCCACUCUUCUCUGACGCUCCCAAAAUUUGAUGCUCUCGCUCCGGGUAACACCAGUGACCAAGAUUGUGGACAAUACUCCUCGGCCACUCAAGGUAACCAUAUUCCCCUAAGAGAAACCGUCGAGUGUGGAUUGAAUGGGGUCACUGAAGAAGCUCAUGAUACAUCUCUACGGAUGAACAUCUUCGACUGGUCUGAACAAUCAAAACCUGAUCGCGAAGGCACGGGGCCUGAUGGGCGUCCACGAACGGUCCAUGGGAAACAUGGGCCUGGUAUACGUGGUAGUCGUGCAUCCGGACGGAAACAACCCAGUACCCUUCAUUAUCGCAGCCAGAGCGUCCCUGUUGCUAGAGAACCAAUGGUAUCCAAUGAGUCAAGGCAGCCGUCGGGCAAAUUUGGGACCUGGGGUUUAGGCAGUAAGGGGGUCAGUGAAGACUGGGACAGUGACUUCGAGUUCGAGUUCGAGGACAAGGACAAGGACAAGGACAAAGAUGAAAGUUCCUUAGACGAAAGCAACAACCCAAGAAAGAAUGUUAGCCAACGGAGCGUCAUAGUACCUCAGGCGAUUAUGGAGCGUCAAGCUAGUCUUCAUGGGCAGUUCGGACAGGUUCAGGAGUUAACUUUGUUGGUUGAAGAGCUGAGGCGAUUACGGCACCAAGCCAGCUUUUUGGACAUUGUUCGGGGCCCAUCAAACGAACUUUGGAAAGAAGCAGAGGGGAUUGUCGAUCUAGCAACAAUCGACGAUGAUGAUAACAACCAAUCACCGCCUAGGUCUCCUUCACUCACCUUCAGCUUCGAUGAGUCUGAGGGAGAAUCGUCCCAAUCGAACGACCCUUGGAAGCGUGUUAGUGGAGAUUCUUGGAGGGCUUCAAUUUCCGAAAAUCCAGGCACGCGCCCGACAACAUCUCCCUAUCCAGAGCAGACGGUGUCGUCCAACAAAGCAAAUUCGGUCCUGGAUCUGAUCUAUCAACAGCGUUUAUCCCACGACCCCACCCGUAGCUCUCAGUUUCCACGGUCGAAGAAGCUUCCCUUCGACACGCAGUCUCUCCGCGAUCUUGUCGUUCGUGCUGGCGUUGUGACUCGUGCGCUAAAAGAAGUGGUUCGAAAGGCAGAAGGGGUUCCUAAUGGUUUCGAAGAAAACACACAUCCCUCGCAUCCACCGUUCAGUCGCAUAUUCGAACAUCAUUCUCAUGAUGGCUUUUCGAAGUUUGAAGCGUCCUGCAUUAGUUGA